CGAGCGCUACCAACAGCUGUGUGGGCGGGGGGUACCGCCCUCGGGAAGGGUAGUACUGGCAGCCCUGAGGCGGGCCCGGCCCGGCCGCUGUGGAAGCGCCGUGCAGGUGGCGUGUUCCCGAGUGGGGCCAUGGCUACCUACGUGCGGCUGGGCGCCGCCGCCAAGGUGCCCCUCAUGGGGCUCGGCACAUGGAAGUCCCCCCCGGGUAAAGUGGAAGCUGCAGUGAUGGCUGCCAUUGAUGCUGGGUACCGCCACUUUGACUGUGCCUACGUGUACCAGAAUGAGAAGGAAGUUGGGGAAGGGAUCCAGCAGAAAAUCAAGGAAGGCGUUGUGAAACGAGAAGACCUCUUCAUCGUCAGUAAGUUAUGGUGUACGUUUCACGAUAAGCCUCUGGUGAAGGGAGCUUGCCAGAAGACUCUUGCUGACCUGAAACUGGAUUACCUGGAUCUCUACCUCGUGCACUGGCCUUUUGGUUUCAAGGCAGGAGAGGAGCUGUUUCCCACAGAUGACAAAGGCAUGUCAAUACCCAGCAACACAGAUAUUCUACAUACAUGGGAGGCCAUGGAAGAGCUGGUGGAUGCUGGCCUGGUAAAAGCCAUUGGUAUCUCCAACUUUAACCGUGGGCAGAUUGAAAGAAUCUUGAACAAGCCAGGACUGAAGCACAAGCCUGCAAAUAACCAGAUCGAGUGUCAUCCAUACCUUUCCCAGGAAAAGCUUAUCAACUAUUGCCAAUCCAAAGGGAUCACUGUGACAGCAUAUUGUCCCCUUGGGCGCCCUGACAGGGCUAAGCCAGAGAAUCCUUCCCUUCUGGAUGACCCCAAGAUCAAAGAGAUUGCAGCCAAGCACAACAAAACCCCAGCACAGGUUCUCCUUCGCUUCCAGAUCCAGAGAAAUGUCAUUGCAAUUCCCAAGUCUGUCACACCACAGCGCAUUGCAGAGAACUUCAAGGUGUUUGACUUUGAAUUGACUAAAGAGGAGAUGUCAAACCUUCUCAGCUUAAACAGAAACUGGAGGAUCUGUGAAAUGGUCACGUGCAAAAAUCUCAAGGAGUACCCUUUCAAUGCAGAAUACUGAAGACAGUUUUAUCCUGCCCUCCUGCAGGCGUCUCGGGUCUAAUAAGCUUCUAUCAUUGUCUGGAGUUGUCCACUAUGUAGCUUGCACCCUGUAUUUCUCCUGUCAGCAAAGGCAUAGUAUAUGUAUUCAGUGACUUUGGUUUGGGUUUUUCUUCUUUGGUGGAAGGAAAUAGUAAAAUUUUUCUAAAGAACAAAAUAUGGGCUAUAAUAAUUAUCUACUCAUUAGAUGAGUGUCUCUGCAUGGCUGAAAUUAGCAAAGAAACAAGAAGAAUGAAUUAACGACUGAUUUUAUAUUUUUUUUUUUUAUCUUCUGUCUUGCAUGGACACUACUUAAGGCUGCAAGCUAAGGGUAUGUGAGCACAGGAGAAAGAUCCAUCCUGAAAGAACAAACUACAUAAUCACUGCCUGAAGAGUCAACAAUUAGCUUUACUUCUAGAGCGUAGUCCAAAACUUUCUUGGAAAGAAGAAUAAAUGGGAGAAAUGUCCAGACCUACAGAUGCAUACCAACUCAUACUGGGCCUUAUUUCAGUUGCAUUCUUUUACGGGCUGAAGCUGGACAGAGAUUAGUGUUCAAUUUCAUUCUUAUCCAAAAUAAAAAAUGUUUAGAUUA